CAACCGGGACCCAGCCGUGCUGUUGUCUUAGAGACUGCACGGAGCCUCCGCCGGCCGCUCUUCCUUCCCCGUCUCUUUGACUGUGGUCUCUCUGGCCUGCACGUCCUCUCUAUGGUCACGAUCUCCGGAAGAGGGUCGACCUGUGUAGUGCGCAGUGAGGGACUGGGAGCGUUAGGCCUGGAGGAAUUGGGCCUGGGGGCGGGGCUUGGCGUUAGGAGGGCCGGAGUCGCUGUCCUCUUCUUGGGCGAUGACUGACAAGGCCUGAAGGCAGCGCGGGAGGCCGGUAACCAGGACUUCGAAUGCCAGCCAGGAUGCGGGCUCCAGGAGCGGGCACUGUCUCGGUGGCCUCGCUGGCGCUGCUGUGGCUGCUCGGGCUCCCGUGGACCUGGAGCGCGGCGGCGGCGUUCGGUGUGUACGUGGGCGGCGGCGGCUGGCGCUUCCUGCGCAUUGUCUGCAAGACAGCGAGGCGGGACCUCUUCGGCCUUUCCGUUCUGAUCCGGGUGCGAAUGGAGCUUCGGCAGCACCGGCGUGCCGGGGACACCAUCCCACUCAUCUUUCAGGCAGUAGCUCAGCAACAGCCAGAGCGCCUGGCACUGGUGGACGCAAGCAGUGGUGUGUGCUGGACCUUUGCACAACUCGAUGCCUAUUCCAAUGCAGUGGCCAACCUGUUCCACCAGCUGGGCUUCACAAAGGGCGAUGUGGUGGCCGUGUUCCUGGAGGGCCGGCCUGAGUUCGUGGGGCUGUGGUUGGGCCUGGCUAAGGCUGGUGUGGUGGCCGCGCUACUCAACAUCAACCUAAGGAGGGAGCCUCUGGCCUUCUGCCUGGGCACGUCAGCCGCCAAAGCUCUCAUUUACGGCGGGGAGAUGGCAGCUGCUGUGGCGGAGGUGAACGGGCAGCUGGGAAAGAGCCUCCUCAAGUUCUGCUCUGGAGAUGUGCGGCCUGAGAGUGUCCUGCCAGACACGCAGCUCCUGGACCCCAUGCUGGCCGAGGCACCCACCACACCUCUGGCACAGGCCCCAGGGAAGGGUAUGGAUGAUCGGCUGUUCUACAUCUACACUUCGGGUACCACCGGGCUCCCCAAGGCAGCCAUUGUGGUGCAGAGCAGGUACUACCGCAUUGCUGCCUUUGGCCACCACUCCUACAGCAUGCGGCCCAAUGAUGUGCUCUACGACUGCCUGCCACUCUACCACUCGGCAGGGAACAUUAUGGGCGUGGGCCAGUGUGUUAUCUAUGGGCUGACAGUGGUGUUGAGAAAGAAGUUCUCAGCCAGCCGCUUCUGGGAUGACUGUGUCAAGUACAACUGCACGGUGGUGCAGUACAUCGGGGAGAUCUGCCGCUACCUGCUGAGGCAGCCAGUGCGUGACGCCGAGCGGCGGCACCGCGUGCGCCUGGCGGUGGGCAAUGGCCUGCGGCCGGCCAUCUGGGAGGAGUUCACGCAGCGCUUCGGUGUGCGGCAGAUCGGCGAGUUCUACGGCGCCACCGAGUGCAACUGCAGCAUCGCCAACAUGGACGGCAAGGUUGGCUCCUGUGGUUUCAACAGCCGCAUCCUCACACACGUGUACCCCAUCCGCCUGGUGAAGGUCAAUGAGGACACGAUGGAGCCGCUGCGGGACGCCCAGGGCCUGUGCAUCCCAUGCCAGCCCGGGGAGCCCGGCCUCCUAGUCGGUCAGAUCAACCAGCAGGAUCCUCUGCGGCGCUUCGACGGCUACGUUAGCGACAGCGCCACCAGUAAGAAGAUCGCCCACAGUGUCUUCCGCAAAGGCGACAGUGCCUACCUCUCAGGUGAUGUGCUGGUGAUGGACGAACUGGGCUACAUGUAUUUCCGAGACCGCAGCGGGGACACCUUCCGCUGGCGAGGGGAGAACGUGUCCACCACCGAGGUGGAGGCUGUGCUGAGCAACCUGCUGGGCCAGAUCGAUGUGGCCGUGUAUGGAGUCGCUGUGCCAGGAGUAGAGGGGAAAGCAGGCAUGGCUGCCAUUGCGGACCCCCACAGCCAGCUGGACCCUAACUCCAUGUAUGAGGAGCUGCAGAAGGUUCUGGCAUCCUAUGCCCGGCCCAUCUUCCUGCGCCUCCUGCCCCAGGUGGAUACCACAGGCACCUUCAAGAUCCAGAAGACACAGCUGCAGCGUGAGGGCUUUGACCCUCACCAGAUCUCAGACCGGCUGUUCUUCCUGGACCCAAAGCAGGGGGGCUAUCUGCCCCUGGACGAUGCCGUCUACACUCGUAUCUGUGCUGGUGACUUCUCCCUCUGAUGGGCCAGCUGCAGUUGCUGCACCUGGACUCCUGAGCAGAGACUCCUGCCCCAGUGGCCCUCCUGCCUGGCCAUCUGCCCAGCUUUACCCACAGGAGUGGGAACUGGAACGUGCAGGCCCGGUGUCCGUCUCCCACAUCCCUCUCCCCAUCCAUUAGGCCUCUUCUUCCAUCUCUUUUCUGUGGGCCUGCCAGGAGCCCCACAGAUGUAUCUUGGCAACUGUGUCUUGCACAGGGACCAGUGUCCAGGAACCAUGAUCUAGAGUGCAGUUCCCACCAACCCCCUUGUGCCUUAGGAACCUACCCAUGGUUUCCUCAUGGAGCCAAUGGACACCACAUAGCCACCUUCCCCUGUGGACACUAGCUGCAGCACAUUCACAUCAGUGCCCUGCAGAUUCCCAGUCAACUGGAAACUUCACUUUGUUUUGAGACAGGGUCUCACUGUGGAGGCCAAGCUGGCCUCAAAGUCCCCAUCCCCCUGCCUCAGCUUGCCUGUGCUGGGAUGCAGGUGUGCAGCAUGCUGCCUGAUCUAGGUGGAUGACUGUUUUGCACUAUUCUGUCUUUGAUGGGUCUCCCUCCUCCUCUUCCCCUCAAAAGUUCCAGGACUGACUCUGACCACUUGGAUAUCACCACUGCUGGCCCCAGCCUCAUGUUUGUUUAGGACCUCCAGGAGGAGGCAACACCCUGAGGGUGGUCCCCACCGCUACAGAGAAAGAGCUGUGAUGACUUCAGGUGCUCUCUGGUGGUGACUCUGGAUGUGUGUCCCCACCACCACUGUGCAUAGCUGACCUGCUGCUUGUGACAUUGGUCAGUCCACCCCACUGGCUCCCAUGUCUCCAUCAGGUUCACAGGGGCUCAUCUCGGUCACCCUGGCUCUCCCUCAUUCCUGAGGGUCCAGACCCUAAAGGCUGGGGACAGCAGUGUCCCCAGCCACCUCACAGGUGUCGGAACAUGCAGACACCAUUUCUUGGUUUUAAGAAAUAAAACACCAAGUCCCUCACCCUGCUGGGGCCCAGUGUC